CAUAAACCUUGUCCCCCCGUGCGUCCUGUGUGGGAAGACGGAAGAAAAACAAACUUAUAUUAACUAUAUGGCUAAUGACUGACGUCUGGAUUUUACUGUUGAGCCAGGUCCGUGGUUAAAGGGAGUGGGCAGCUACCAUGGACAAUAUCAUCAACAGUCAAGCAAGUACACAGGGACUACGGGAAACUCAGGAAGUGUUGAGUCAGAAUGCCUUCGACGUCACAGAUGCAGAGAUUAUUUGGGGCAGACUCUUUUCUGUCCGGGAGAAUAUUUCUGUGUGCAACUUAAUAAACAACUGUUACACAUUUGGUAGAGGUGAUGCAGACUUUCGCUUCAGCAAAGAUCAUUUUGGAAACUCUUUCCUCCCAGCUAUCUCCAAAAUACAUUUCAAAGUUACCCGUGAAAGUAAACCAAAUUCAGAAGUGGUGGUAAUUCUUGAGGACCUCUCCUGCAAUGGUACAUUUGUCAACAAGCAACAAGUGGGCAGAGGAAACAAGAUAGUGUUGCAGAAUAAUGAUGAGAUUGCUCUUGCACAUGCCAACAAGAAAAUAUUUGUGUUUCAUGAUUGUGUACAAAAUGAUGCUCAAGACUACCCUGAACAGCUAACUCAAAUGUAUACCAUAACAAGAACACUGGGAGAGGGCAACUUUGGUGAAGUCAAAUUAGCCUACAAACAGGGUACUUUAGAAAGGUGCGCAGUUAAAAUUUUGAAGAAAAGAGGAAGUCAGCUGUUACUUAAUAAUAUAAAACAAAUCAACAAUGAGAUCGAGUUAUUGCAGUCUGUUGAUCAUCCUUGUAUCAUCAGAUUGCAAGAUGUCAUAGAAACACCGGAGAAGAUGUACAUAAUAAUGGAAUUGGCAGAGGGAGGGGAAUUAUUUGAUCGACUUGCUGCUAAUGGACGGCUACCUGAGGCAACCGUUAAAUUCUACUUCUUUCAGCUGGCUCUCGCAGUUCAGUAUCUACACAUGAAAAGCAUCACCCACAGGGAUAUCAAGCUGUCUUGGCUGGCUUGGACCUCACAAGUUAUGUUUGGUGUCACAUAUCAGCCAGAAAACAUUCUCUUAGCCACAGAUGAGGAAUACACUCGUGUUAAAUUGACAGACUUUGGUUUGUCCAAGCUUGCUGUUGAUGCCUCUCAGAUGACUACUUUCUGUGGCACACCAACAUACAUUGCCCCAGAACUCUUACAGUUCGAGGGACUUUCUUACAACAAAAAAGUGGACUUGUGGAGUUUGGGAGUUGUUUUGUUUGUCAGCUUGUCAGGCUAUCCUCCCUUCUAUGGUGAAGAGGAUGCAAAAUUACGUUUUAAGAUCAAGAAUGCUGUCUAUAAUUUUCAACCUAAACUUUGGACAGAAAUCUCUGAUGAAGCAAAGGAUCUGAUUACUAAACUAUUAGUUAGUGAACCGUCAAGGAGACUUAACAUAGACCAAACUCUGAGUCAUCCUUGGUUGCAGGAUGAACUUAUGAAGAAGAAAGCUCUGGAUCUCAUUCACCAGGAUCAAAGUUUACCCACAAACAAAAGAAGACUAGAAGAAAGUGAAGCUGAUGAAUUAGAACUGUCUGAUGCCAAAACUCCCAGAAUUCAAAAAGGGAUUGGGAUAAAUUAAGUUUUCAGAAGUAGAAAAAAAUUAUCUGAAUUUAAUAAGUAUAUUUCUAAGUUACUCAUCAGCUCAGGGGAACCAAAGACUUUCCAUUCCUCAAAUUUUAUACAGUACAGUAACUGUACAGUACAGUACUCACUUUGUGUUAUUAAACCAGUAGUUGCUAAUAGCCUUGAAUCUGGCUCUAAAAAGUUGUUUAGUUUUUUGGACUAAUGUCUAGUAUAAAAACUGUAGUGUUGAGUAAAUAUAUACCAUUGUGAGUUACAUUUUCUGUAUGAUAAGAAGUGGCUGCUUGAAAUGCAUAGGUUUAUUUUUGCCCUAGUAAGUUGUUUCAGAAAUAGAAAUAGAAAAAUUCUCGAGAAAUUCUUACAUUUUACAGUGUUUAAGUCCUCUCAUGUUUCAUUCCAUUGAGAAUCAGAUAUGGGUUUGUGAGACUGAAUGGCAGUAAAAAUGUAAGUAGUGGAGGUGAACUUUUGUAAGCUUUGUUCUUUAAAACUUGUUGAUGGUGUGAGUUUUUGCAAAUGAAAAUGUUUCAGUAAAAAAGAAAUAUAAUUUAUCAGAGGACAAUUGACAAAGUUGAAUACAGGUUGACAAUCACUUAUCCGAAAUCCUUGGGGCCAGAGGCAUUUCGGAUUUCGUAAUUUUUCGUUUUUU